AUGAGCCAACAACAACAGCAAAACAUUACUACCAAUAACGCUACCACUACCACAGUUAAUAGUAAAUCCUUCGAUGAAUAUAUAGCCAAGGAUGUAACAUCUAAUAGGACCCAUGAGUCCCGCCAAAUGAUAAUAAAAGAAUACAAAAAAAUUGGUCAUGGUGCCUUUGGGACUGUUGUACAGGCUUAUCUAACACCAGACAACUCUAGUUGGUAUGGUCCGUUUGCUAUUAAAAAAGUACCUGCUCAAACUGAAUAUAAAUCUAGAGAACUAGAUAUUUUGAGAAUUACUGAUCACCCGAAUAUAGUGAGAUUAGAAUAUUAUUAUACACACACCCCACCAGAUGCAAGAAAUACAUUGUUUUUAUAUUUGGCAAUGGAGUGUUUACCUGAAACUUUACAACUGGAAAUUCACAGGUAUACUUCGAAUAGUUUACAGUUACCAUUAAAACAUAUUAAAUUGUACACUUAUCAAAUAGCAAGAGGCAUGCUAUAUUUGCAUUCUCUUGGAAUAUGUCAUCGUGAUAUUAAACCUUCUAACAUUUUAGUUGACCCUCAAAACGGUAUUUUGAAGAUUUGUGAUUUUGGCAGUGCCAAAAAAUUAGAACCUCAUCAACCUAGUAUAAGUUACAUAUGUUCUAGGUUUUAUAGAGCUCCAGAAUUAAUUAUUGGAUGCACUCAGUAUACUACUCAAAUUGAUAUUUGGGGAUUAGGCUGUGUAAUGGGAGAAAUGCUUAUAGGUCAUGCUAUUUUCCAAGGGGAAGAACCCUUAUUACAAUUAAGAGAAAUUGCUAAAUUAUUGGGCCCACCAGACAAAAAAUUUAUAUUUUUUAGUAAUCCUGCAUACGAUGGUCCCCUUUAUAGCAAGCCAUUAUUCACUGGAAAAUCCAACUCCAAAUUUGAAAAGUACUUUGGACAUGCUGGUGUGGAUGGUGUUGAUUUAUUGAUGAAAGUUUUGCGUUACGAGCCAGAACGUAGACUAUCUCCUCGCCGUAUAAUGGCACAUCCUUUUUUCGAUGAGUUGAGACAAGAGUUGUAUUUUUUCCCCAGAGGAAAUUCUCAGCCUAAGCAUUUACCUGAGUUAUUUAAUUUUUCUCAUUAUGAGCUUCAAGUCAUUGGUCCUGAACUAAUUAAUUCCAUUUUACCUCAUAAUGAUUGA